AUGGCGAACAAGUUUACGUGCUUUCCGGUUGCAUUGAUCGCGCUGGUUGUUUGUGUACAGGCAAAUAGCCUCGUGCAUCGUAAUAGACUUACACGACCAGUGCUCAGACUACCGUCUUCGGCUAAACGAAUUGUCGGUGGAUUUGUGAUCGACAUCAGUGACGCGCCGUACCAGGUGUCACUACAGUACGGCAACGAGCACAACUGUGGUGGAUCGAUUUUGAACAAAAAGUGGAUCCUGACAGCAGCGCAUUGCAUCCACGAUGAGUCAUCAUCAGAACUGACUGUGCGUGUGGGAUCGUCCGAGCAUGCAUCCGGUGGCAACGUCAUACGAGUAUCACGCGUUGUAUCGCAUCCACGCCAUGGUUCCGGAUUCAACAACUAUGAUAUCGCCCUGCUUGAACUGAAGAGCGAGCUCAUCUUCGGCAACAAGAUUCAGCCGGUCGUUCUACCGGAGCAGAAUGAAUCAGUUGAGGAAGGAACGAUGGGUACCGUGAGUGGUUGGGGUAUGACGCUAAGCGAAUCCGAAUCCAACGAUGUGCUUCGAGCAACGAACGUACCGACUGUGAAUCAAGAGGAAUGCAGCGAAGCUUACCAGUCGUACGGUGGAAUUACUGAGCAGAUGUUUUGUGCCGGAUACAAACACGGUGGCCAGGACACAUGCCGGCAGGAUUCUGGUGGUCCCUUCAUUGCCGAAGGGAAGCAGAUCGGGGUUAUCUCUUGGGGUCACGAAUGCGCUCUGGCAGGAUAUCCGGGAGUGUACACACGUGUGGCUAGUGUACGCGAUUGGAUUAGCGAGAUCAGUGGAGUGUAG